AAACGUUUCUUUGAGUAUCUGCUAUAUUUUGUCAACUGCUGCGGAAAGGCAAACGUUAAAAAUCAAACGUGUAUCAUCGAUUUUGUAAUCUCUAUUGGUUUUAUUUUUUGAAUGAUAAAAUAUGCGCCGAUCAUGGCACAGAUAUUUGUGUCUAUGAAUCACAGAACAAUGUAACGUUGUAAAGUUAAUAUAAUGUAAAGUUUUCUCGUAUGAUCUGAGAUAGCUAUUGCUCGGAAAAAGAAAAUAUGUCUCUGCCCCGCGCGCGGCCUAAAUCUAUGUCUCAGACUCAUAGUUUAUUAUUCCGUAUAGGAAAUUAUAUUCUUUGACGUUUAAAGUAUCAAGAAUGUUUACAAUACUAAGUUAAUUUUCUUUUAUGAUUGAUAUAAGGAUAAAAUGCUUAAAGCAUUUAACACAGUUUUUUUAAAUUACGGAAUAUGCAUCAUUCUCUUCAGUUUUAUACCUGGUUUGCAGAGCGAAAGUGGUACAGUGGACUCAGAUUCUGAGAACAAGGCCCUGGUCGAAGUCAGAGCUGUCUUUAUCAACUGCCAAACAAAUGAAGGCCUGGCUUCGCCGGACACUGAGGCUGCGCGGUUUCAGCGAGAAGAACUUUUCAAACACAAUGCUUUGAAAGAUUGUAACACCAAGUUAGCUCUUAGUCUAAAACUCGCAAGUUUACCUCAGGGAAAUUCUGAUGAAUAUAUUCCAAUCGACCACGUGAUCGAGGGCCCCAGCAAAAGACGUGUACGACUAUUGAACCCGUAUGUGUUGCGGCUGCGCUGGGAGAACCCUGUGCAAGUAUACAAAUUGCAAAAUAUGGAUAUUGUAACUGGAGUUUUUACAGAAGCCGAAAAACGGGUAGCAGAAAAAAAACACACAAAAUAUAAGAAGGAUCGCGUCGUACGAAGUGCAAAUCAAGUGCAAGGCCCAUCUCAAAGUCUCGGAGCUACUUCAUUUUUCAGCACAAGUCAUGACAAUAAUGAUUACGUAGAUCCGCGACAAAUUGCAGAUUUCGUAAAUUAUUUCAAUACAUCAUUGCUUAGGAAAAAGCGUCAACAACAAAACAUCGUCGUCGAACCACAAAGUUCGGAUGAAGAAUCAUGGAUAUCAGAUUUGGAGGCUACAGAUGUGCAUGUAAGGUCCAGAGGAACUACGGCUAUGGUAGGUGCGCCCCACAAACAUGUAACUCGAGAAAACAACUUCUGGAAAAAGGCAAAGAGUAAUUUCGAUAAAUAUUUUCCUCAAAAUGAAAAAGUUUCUCAUAAACAUCAUACUCACGCGAAGAAAGUUUUGACAGAGAACAGUGGUGGAUCUGGCGAAGUUUAUCGCGAUAACGGCAUUGAAACAUCUAACAUAGAUUCGGACCAGCAACAUUUUCGAGAUGCAAGCAAUGAUCUAUCUAAACCGGCGAUGGAUGAAAUGUAUUCGUCAGAAAAUACAUUUUCUUUAUACGAUAUUGGAAACCCUGAUAUAUGGUGUGUCGUUCACGUGGAGCUAUUCGAAAAGCGAAGUACACCGGAAGGUAAAACUGUGUGGAAUGAUAUCACGAAAGGAGAAACCGCAAGUGUCAGCCCAGUGACUCCAGAGUGGCGAGACCGGGACCUCAACAUCCGAUACAGGUCGACGGAGUGGAUGUCGCAGGACCAGUUCACGUUGCCGGUGACCACCAGCCUCUGCUUGCUGGUCCCGCAAACUGACAGUAAUGAUUCAGAAUUAAUAAUAGUUCCUACAGAAGAUGUUGUUUUCAUGGAUGACGAUUAUAUAAAAUUGAACAAACGAGAUGAAAACAGUUCUCAGAAUCUUGCAGCAGAUCCUUUGGAAAAGCAUCAUCGCAAAGUUAUGGUCCGUGUCGCGAGAACUCUGCAACGCGGUCUUGACAAUCUGAACAUAGUGGAACAGGGCUCCGACCAUUACUUGACAUUGCCGCACCGGAGGCCCCACCACAUCCAAAUAGAUGUGGAGACGCGCGCUGAUGACAACCAGCUUAUACGAGUCGGGGCGGACGGCCGGCUAACGACAACGGUGUCAGACAACAGCCGGCGCACACGCACUGUGUUCACGGUGCAGGCCACCAAUACUGGACUCGCUGCUGCUAAAUUCAAGGUAAAAACUCGAGACUGCGGCCCCGAGCUGUCGAGUCUGCUUCAGGAGAAAAGCGGCGCCGGCGCAGAGACGGACUUCGUCCUGAUCCCACCGUACCACACCAAACGGAUCUCCCUGGAUCUGCCUGUCGAACUGCCCGGGGAAGUUGCUCACUGCUCUAUCGCACUAGUAAACCAAAACGACGAAUCUGUGGCGAUCCGGGACGUGACCAUCAGAAGAGGAGACCGGUGCUACUGCGUGUGGCACUGCGACUGCGUCUGUUUGAGUGAAGAUCCCAAGUUGCUAUGCCGCGAGAUGUCGGAACCACGUCAAGUGGCGGCGGGGCUGCGGCGCGACAGAGCGCGGCGCACGCGCGACAUCUGCUACCCCAACUGCGAGUGCCUCAACGUGUUCGUGCUGAUCGGCGGCGUGCUUGCCGUGCUCUUCUCCUUAGGAUUUUUAAAAGCCUGCCUCGGUCUAAUAAUAAAGCCGGUCGGGUCCCUGUACCUGGACAAGCUGGUGCGGCUGCCGCGCAAGAUGGAGCAGUACCACGAGCGGAGCCUGCGCGGGCGCCGCGUGGUGUACGACGCGGACGGCUGGCCCAUUCACCCCGAUACCAGCAAGCGGACUGUCCGCUCUCUUAGCAGGGGAACGGAAUUUAUAUUAAACUUAAUAUUUUUCAUUGCGGCGCCCUGCAUGAUUGUCUGUGGCUUAGUGAGUCAACUGGUGUCCAAACAGAAAUGUACGAAGCGAAACGAUAGUAAUGCCAAAACACGCGUCAGUGCAAAUUUUCAGGAGGAGCUGCCCCGCUUGCGGCUUCGCCGGGGGAGGCGUCUGCGCAAGUGGAUGACGCCAGAGGCUGACGAUCUUUCCACCAACCUUUGGCGUCACGGUUUACUUCCGCAACGAUCGUACAAUUGCAAGUUUUCUGGCUCGCAGAUGCGGCCGCUGCUGACGGAGGACGAGUGCCGCGCGGGCGGCACCCCCUCCAGCGCGGACUCGGAGCAGGACGACACGGAGUACGUGCUCACGCAGAUGCAGAAGAGCAGGGAGUCUCUCGCGAGGACUCAAAUGAUGAACAUGACCACUUCUCCUUCUACGAAAUAAAAGUGAAGCUUUUUUUUCUAUAUAAAAUAAUUAUAAAUGUACUUAAAUAUAUUUACUUGAGUCUUUAAAAAUAAA